UUGUUUCAUUUAAAAUAAAUUCCAAAAUGAUUUAAACAAUUAAUUGUCCAUAGUCAGUGUUAAGGAGACAACAUGAAAUUUCUAAUAGUUUUGGCUUUUAUUUUAAGUGUUUGUUCACUUUCUUUUGCUGCCGUAUCAGUUGGUUACUUUAGAGAUCCAGCUCAUCCUGGAAAAUGUGUUUAUGAGAAGUUAGUGCUUUCAGCUGGUGAAGAGGCAAAAUUGCCCAAUCGAUGUGCACGUUUUAUAUGUGAAAAUGAUAGUUUUGGUAGCAUUCAAACUUGUGGUGUAAUGGCUCCACCUCCUGGUUGCAAAUUUACGGAAUACAUUAAUAUUGAUGCCCCAUAUAGCGAGUGCUGUGCAAAGAAACUUGUAUGUGCUUAAUUACAAUAGGUUUCAAUUAUUUAAAUAAACCAAAUAAAAUAUAAGAAUUAAUAA